AAUUUUAUUUUUUCGUAACAUUUUAGAGAAAAGAGCACUAGUAUAGUCAACAUAGUGUCUAAAUUGAAAAUUCUACAUUGCAAAUAAAAAUAAAUUCAUAGACCUAGCAUAUCUAAACAUAGAAUUUAGAUUAGAAACUUGAAAAUGUUUUAUCACGUGUCUUUAGAGCAUGAUAUCUUGUUACAUCCGCGUUACUUUGGUCCAAACCUUUUGAACACAGUGAAACAGAAAUUAUUUACUGAAGUAGAAGGAACUUGUACUGGAAAAUAUGGUUUUGUGAUAGCAGUUACAACUAUUGACAAUAUUGGUGCUGGACUGAUUCAACCUGGCCGUGGAUUUGUUGUGUAUCCUGUUAAGUACAAAGCAAUUGUGUUUAGGCCUUUCAAAGGAGAAGUUUUGGAUGCAGUUGUAACACAAGUCAAUAAAGUUGGACUGUUUACAGAGAUAGGACCUUUGUCUUGUUUUAUUUCCAGACAUUCUAUUCCAGCAGAUAUGGAGUUUGAUCCCAGCUCAAAUCCUCCUUGCUACAAAACUAAAGAUGAGGAUGUUGUUAUUCAAGAAGAGGAUGAAAUCAGAUUAAAGAUUGUGGGAACAAGAGUGGAUGCUAAAGACAUUUUUGCUAUAGGAACAUUGAUGGAUGAUUUCUUGGGUCUUUUUUAAAAUGGAUGAAUCUCACUGUUGUGAAAGGAAAUGUCUUGAAUGCAGAGCUGCGUGUUGUGUGUCAGGUGAUAUUGAAUGUAUUUUUCAACAUUCUAUUUGUUUUGUUUUAAAAACAUUUAUUAUUAAAUUUUUUUGUAAAAUAA